AUGGCCGACAGCACCGAUACCCUCCCAGAACUUCGAGACGAUCUGGUGGCUGAAGCCGGGGCUACUACCCUGGCUGCAAGCACGCCCCCUGAGAUCGGCAUGCACAAGAUGAGAACAACCCCGCGACUCGAGGAACACCAGACGCUGGUAGAUCUAUCCCGCAUCCUGCCGGCUGAGGCCGACUGCAAGGAUUCGACGUUUGCUCCGCCCAAUGAGCUCGAAACCUUGACACACCCUCCCAACGAAGCUGAUUCCCAUGCCGCUCGUGAACCAAGCACAUCGGACUUGCACAGUGCCGAAGCCAGGACGCACCAGACCGAGCCGAGCGACCCAGCGAAGCACAAGCGCGGCGAUGUGAUGGACUGUGUCCGGGCGAGCCCCGAGGAUAUGGAGAUCUGCCGAGAUGACGAAGCCGCAUCUCCAAAGGAGACGCCCGCUGUGCUGGCUCCGGCUGUCGCCGCCCCGGUGGCUGUUGCUCGCAAGAAACCAAAGGUCAAACGCAACUUUGACAAGCUGACGCUGACACCGCCCUUCUGGAACACCGUCGGUGCGAUCCCCGUGCAAAGGGCCUCGGGCGGGCCAGGGCCGGCGCACGAGAAGAAAUCAAAGGCAAUCACCCCUCGAGUCUUUGCACGCCAAAUGUCCUUGGGUGCGACACCAUCGGGGCCGAUCUAUGCGCACCAUCCACACCCGUACUAUCUUCCCGGCCGGCCGAUGAUGCCCCCGACUUGGGCAAUCCCAUUUGCCUCGCCGUCGUCGGCAUCACCGGGGCAGAUCGUCGGUGUGCCUCCGGAUGGUCUGCCCAACCAUUCGGGAGUACCCCUGGCCUCAGUCCCGGCAGGCAGCUUCGUGCCUCUCACACCAACUCCUGGCUCCCAAGCAGCUACAGACACAAGCACAACCCCGGCCCAUCCGCCCGCAACCGCCCCACUCUCGGGCCAGCUAGCCCAAUCACACUCCUACCCACAACGGCACUCGCAAGCACCACCGCAGGCACCCAUGCCAGUCGUCUCCCCGACCGUGCCAAUCUACCAACACAGAGGCGGAUCGAUGCCUGUUCUGUCAUCGCCAACGUCUCCGAUCCCGGGAUCGCCAGGACAGCCGACCUACGCCGUUGGCCUCCCUGGCGCCUUUGGCCGCUCGACGUCCAUGCCCGUUUUUUAUCCGCAGUGGGUAUACCCUUCGAUGAUUCCCACGCUCCCGACUCCAACCAGUCCCACGGCCGUCUCGCCCUUCUAUAUCCCCUAUCCGUCGCCGACCGCAGCCAGCCCCGGAGCCGUGUAUUGCUACUCCGCUCCGUCGGCGCUUCUGCCAUCGUCGUCAGCACCGCAGCCACAGCCGCCUUCGUCAGUGCCGCUGCAGCAUGCAUCCGGCACGGCAUUUGCGCCCUCAGGGGUCACCCCUAUGUCCAUGGCGGUGGCGUCGCAAGGGGGAAUGCCUUUGACGCCCCUGGCCCCUGGCCCCCACGUGGCGACGGUCCAGCCACUAUGGACAUCAUCCCAGGCAGCACCGCAAGCUCGGCCCUCAACACAUCCGUCUCAGGGCACCCAUCGAUCUGCAGGCUCGAGAGAUAACUCCUCGCAGCUGCAGUCGACGCAUUCGUACGAGCUCGGGCCAGACAGUCGUCGCAGCAGCAUCACGACCCUCCACAGCUGCGAUACCAGAUCCACCAGUGACUCGGGCAAGGCCUCGUCGCCGCUCGCCUCGAAGACCCCGUCCGUAUCAUUCCUCGGAGCCGCAGGUGGCAUUCAGGAUGGCAGCUCGACCAGUGCGGCCGUGGAUGGUGUCGCCUUCACUGCCGCCGCCGCUGCUGCUGCUGCCGGGGACGGUGAUGGGACGCAUUCGUCUCGGCUCUCCAGACACCAGCACCAGUCCACUCGUUCUGGACGACAUGCCCAUUUCGCCGACGACCAAGGGCCGAGGGAGUCCUCUCACAAGCGCUCCAGCUCCAAACUGGAUGAACACUCGACCGGGUCGGCGAGCUCGGUCCGUCUUCCUCCCGAACCAUCGUCGAUUGGCCCGGACCAGCGCUCGUUUGCCCGCACCCGCGAGGACACCGAGGUGGCAGAGAUCCUGAUCAGUACCGCCCAGAUCCUGGACGAGUCCGUGAAGCGCCGCAAGAGUCUGUCGACCCUGGCCAUCGACUUGUCGCAGAUGAACUGCAGCUAG